GGACUUACCUCUUCGCUUACAUUUUGGUUCCAAAUUCCAGACCAUCUCCAUUCUUCUUCUUCCUUCUGUCUUCUGCAACUACCAUUGAUAUGUUCAUUUCUUUCCUUAAACUUCUUCAUCUACACAAGAAACGACAGCUCCUACCACCAGUGUGGGCUAGCUAUUCACUUUAGCUUCUUACAAGACCAAAAAAAAAUGUUUCAAAUGACUAAAUUUCACCAUUAUUUCCAAUCCACCAAAAUUUCAGCCUUUGGCUUUGGGUUUCUCCCGUCCACUUCAUUUCUAGCUCUUUUCCUCCUUGUCCUCUUAGCUUGCAAUGGCUUCUUCGUUUUCACAAUCAACCUCCCCGCUCCCGCCAAAUCUUCACCGGAGCCCGCCAAUUUCUUGCCUGAGCAUUUCCCCGGUGACAAAACGGUGAAGAAGCUACAAUCAUCCUCGGUGUAUUAUGCAGUCAAAGAAGAAAACCCACCUUCUGUUUCAAAGAUCCAUUUGUCUCUUUUACCAAAACCAAACGUUUCAAUGGCUGCCAGGCUAAAGCAGCCUCGUUGGAGCCAUAAACAGAAAGUAAGAGCUUUACAUUUAGGUGCUAAAACCAAAGGGUUCUCCUCCAAAAUCAAGGGUUUUUUCCAGAAUUCAAAGUGUAAGUCUCGGUUCUUCAUGACUUGGAUUUCUUCAUCACAUUCAUUAGGCGACAGAGAAUUGCUUGCCAUCGAGAGCGUGUUCAAGUCACACCCCAAAGCUUGCUUAGUCAUGGUGUCGAACACUUUGGAUUCCAAACUGGGAAACGUCGUUCUAAAGCCAUUUUCGGAUAAAGGCUUCAAAUUGAUCGCUGUAACCCCUGAUUUUGAUUUCAUAUUAAAAAACACACACGCGGAAUCCUGGUUUAAUCGGUUGAAGAAAGGAAAUGUCGAUCCCGGCGAUGUUUCUUUAGGCCAAAACCUAUCGAAUUUGCUCCGACUUGCCUUGCUGUACAAGUAUGGCGGUGUUUAUAUCGACACGGAUGUUAUAAUCUUGAAGAGUUUCAAUCAUCUGCGAAAUGUCAUCGGUGCUCAAUCCAUUAACGCCGAAACGAAGAGCUGGAGUAGAUUAAACAAUGCUGUGCUCAUUUUCGAUAAACAACAUCCAUUGUUGUUCAAGUUAAUUCAAGAAUUUGCUCUCACUUUUGAUGGGAAUAAAUGGGGUCACAAUGGUCCUUACUUGGUUUCCAGGGUGGUUGCCCGAGUCAUCGGUAGGCCUGGAUUUAACUUCACCGUGAUGCCUCCCUCCACCUUCUAUCCGGUAGAUUGGAGCCGGAUUCGAACCCUGUUUCGACGGCCUAAUGAUCAGAUACAUUCUGAUUGGUUGCAUCGAAAACUCGAGGAAAUUCAGGGUCAGAGCUACGCCGUUCACCUUUGGAACAGGCAUAGUAGGGAAGUUAGAGUUCAAGAAGGAAGCAUUGUUCAUCAUAUUCUAUCACAUUGUUGCAUCUUCUGCAACUCUUCAACAUCAAGUUUGUAAGUACAUGUUACAUGAUAAGGUUCAAAAUUGUCUCAUUAGUA